AUGCCUCCCGACAUCCGCUCCUUCUUCGGGGGCAAACCUGCUGGCACCGCAGCUCCCACUCCCUCGAAGCCUGACGAACCCAGCAAGAAGCGCGGCCGAGCGAGGAAGGUUGUGGACGAUGACGAAGACGAGGAAGACGUACCAGUAGCCAAGAAGAAGUCUACACCCUCAAAAGCCAAAGCAAAGCAACCAGACCCUGUGGCGGAGGAGACGACUGCAGACGAUUUCUUCGGCUCUGGCAAGCCCAAACGCUCUGAAGCGAUGCGGCCAAAGACACGUGAGAGGGCCGGUACUGGAGGAAGUGUCAAGGAAGAGACGCCAAAGAAGAAGGCUGCGGCAAAAGGCAAGGCCGCAAAAGCUACACCGAAUGGGAGGAGCUCAACACGUGUCAAGAAGGAGUCGAACUACGCAGAACUAGACUCCAACGACUUCCCCGAUGAUGACAUGGAGGAUGCUGCUGAGGAUGUGUUCAAAGCCGGUGCCGCUACUCGUCGACGUCUUGGCGAUGACUACGAGGAGGCCAGUGACGAUGACGACGCAGUCAUAGUGCCUAGGAAGAAUGGCAGUGGCAGGCAGAAGAAGAAAAAGGAUGAAGACGAAGAUGGUUUCGACCCAGAUCGUGACACGGAUAUGAAAGAUGAUGUCCUGGAACAUCAGCCAACGAAGAAGACAUCGAGCAAGAGUAUCAACAAGCGAAAGUCAGCGGCAAUGCAUGACGAGGAUGAUCUAGAUCUCGAAGUCGAAGAGGCAAAGCCGGCGAAGAAGCGCGCAUCGCCUGCGAAGAAGGCACCGGCUGCGAAGAAACAGAAGAAAGCCGAGGUCGAAGACAGUGCCGAGCUGAAGGCUAUCUUUGCCAGCAUUCCCACAAUCGAUGCUCCACCUCCCCCGCCGAAGGACGAUGACGAUGGAGAGGGCAAGAAAAAGUUUCAAUUCGGCCAACACGCAAACUCGGCCGUGCCAGCAGGAGCAAUUGACCCGACGGAUCUCCCAUCUGGGCAAGACAACUGCUUGGCGGGCCUUACCUUUGUAUUCACCGGGCAAUUGUCGCGCCUCGGAAGAGAGCAAGGCCAAAAUCUUGUCAAGCAGUACGGUGGCAAGGUCACCACCGCUCCGUCGAAGAAGACUAGCUACGUUGUCCUUGGCGAGGAUGCUGGACCGAAGAAACUCGAGACAAUCAAGAACUACAACUUGAAGGUAAUCAACGAGGAUGGCCUCUUUGCGCUGAUUCAAAAAUUACCUGCGAAUGGCGGAGACAGCGCGGCGGCCGAGAAACAGGCCGAGAAGAUUGCAAAGGAAGAAGAGAAGGUGCGUGAGGCUGCCGCCGAAAUGGACCGUCAGGAGAAAGCUCAACGAGCUGCCCAAGCUGCACAAGCAGCCAAGGCUGCCAAAGCAUCUUCGUCUGUGACCCAGUCCGCACCGCAAAAAGCCAAGGCUCCAGUGAAUCCAGAUGCUCCCGACUCCAGGCUGUGGACAGUCCGAUACGCGCCUCAAUCGCUCAACCAAAUCUGCGGCAACAAGACUCAAGUUGAGAAGAUCCAGACCUGGCUGCGCAUGUUCCCAAAGAACCAGAGGACGGGUUUCAAGAUGCCUGGAAAGGAUGGGAGCGGCACUCACAGAGCAAUCAUGAUUCACGGUCCUCCCGGUAUUGGUAAAACUACCGCUGCUCAUCUGGUGGCCAAGCUCGAAGGAUACGACAUCGUGGAGUCCAACGCAUCUGACACGCGUUCGAAGAAACUGGUGGAGACAGGUCUCAAAGGCGUCCUCUCCACCACCUCCUUGAUGGGCUAUUUCUCUCGUGGUGUUGAUGACGUGGAGGCUUCGAAGAAGAAGCUUGUGCUCAUCAUGGAUGAGGUCGACGGCAUGAGUGCAGGUGAUCGUGGCGGUGUCGGUGCACUGGCUGCUGUGUGCAAGAAGACACAGGUUCCGAUGAUUCUCAUCUGCAAUGAUCGCAAACUGCCAAAGAUGAAGCCCUUCGACUUCGUCACAUAUGAUGUGCCUUUCCGCCGUCCAACGACCGACAUGAUUCGCAGUCGAAUCACUACCAUCGCAUACCGCGAAGGCCUCAAGAUGCCAGCGAAUGUUAUCAACGCGCUGAUCGAGGGUUCUGGCGCGGAUAUCCGUCAGGUUGUCAACAUGAUCAGCACCGCCAAACUCGACGAGCAGAAUCUCUCGUACGAGGACAGCAAGGACAUGAGCAAAGCCUGGCAGAAGCACAUCAUUCUGAAGCCCUGGGACAUGGUUGGCAAGAUCCUUGGCGGUGGACUGUUCAAUCCCGCGGCCAAUUCUUCGCUGAACGACAAGACGGAGCUUUACUUCAACGAUCACGACUUCGCGCCUCUUAUGUUGCAGGAGAACUACCUUGGUUCGAAUCCACAGCGCUCGAACCGCUUCAAUAGUAACCCCAAGAUGAAGAGGCUGGCAGAAUUGGACCUCGUCAGCAAGGCAGCGGAGUCCAUCAGCGACGGUGACCUCGUGGAUCGCAUGAUUCACGGCAGUCAGCAGCAAUGGUCUCUGAUGCCAGCGCAUGCUAUCUUCAGUUUUGUCCGUCCCGCGAGCUUUGUGUACGGCACCCUGGCUGGCCAUCAAACACGCUUCACCGCGUGGCUGGGUAAGAACUCUAACCAAGGAAAGCUCUCGCGUUUCAUCAAGGAGAUUCAAGGCCACAUGCGCCUACGCGUUUCCGCGGAUCGUCACGAGAUACGACAGACAUAUAUGCCACUCUUGUUCGAGAAGCUCGUCAAGAAGCUUCAGACGGACGGCAAAGACGCCGUGCCGGAGAUCAUCGAAUUGAUGGAUUCAUACUUCUUGACGAAGGAGGACUGGGAUGCUAUCUUGGAACUGGGUGUUGGCGACUCCGACAUGGAGAAGAUCAAGAUCGAGACGCAGGCCAAAUCGACCUUUACCCGAUUGUACAAUCAGCAGUCUCACCCACUGCCGUUCAUGAAGGCUUCGCAGGUCGUGGCACCGAAGAAAGCGCCUGCUCAGGACAAGCCCGAUUUGGAGGAAGCGUUUGAAGUAUCCGAGGACGAGGCUCCCGAUGAUGCAGAUGUCAAAGAUGAAGAUCAAGAGCUCGAUCUCAGCAAGGACAAGUACGUCAAGCAGCCGAAGAAGAAGAAGGCUUCUGCCAAAGCCGGCGCGAGCAAGAAGAAGAAAGGUGCCAAAGGCGACGACGACGAUGGAGAUGAGGAAGAGGAGAAACCGAAGAAGGGCAAAGGAAAAGGCCGCGCAAAGAAGUGA